GCAGUUUCUCAUGAUUUUUCCUCACACUGAUAACUAUCCAAUCAGAACAACAAACUUCUAUCACCCACUUACUAAAAGAACAUGGCUAAGGGUGGGAAAGGCCCCAAGGGCAAGAAGAUUACCCUCAACGUGGCCAAGAAUUGCAUCAAAAUCACUUUUGAUGGGAGAAAGCGCCUUGACUUGAGCAAGAUGGGAAUUACCACCUUCCCUAAGUGCAUCCUGCGCCUCAAUGACGUAGAUGAGCUGGACCUUAGCCGGAAUCUGAUCAGGAAGAUCCCUGACUCCAUUUCCAAGUUCCAGAACCUCCGGUGGCUGGACCUGCACAGCAACUACAUCGACAAGCUGCCUGAGUCCAUCGGCCAGAUGACCAGCCUGCUCUAUCUCAAUGUCAGCAACAACCGGCUGACCAGCAACGGGCUGCCUGUGGAGCUGAACCAACUCAAGAACAUCCGCACUGUGAACCUAGGCUUGAACCACCUGGACAGCGUGCCCACCACGCUGGGGGCCCUGAAGGAGCUCCACGAGGUAGGGCUCCAUGACAACCUGCUGAACACCAUCCCCACGAGUAUCUCCAAGCUCCCGAAGCUGAAAAAGCUCAACACAAAGCGGAACCCCUUUCCAAAGCCAGACGAGUCGGAAACGUUCAUAGACUCCAUCAGGAGGCUGGAGAAUUUGUAUCUGGUGGAGGAGAAGGAUCUGUGUGCAGCAUGCCUGAGAAAAUGCCAAAAUGCCCGGGACAAGCUGAAUAGAAUAAAGACCAUGGCCAUGACAACGCCGAGAAAGGCCAUCUUUUCCAACCUGAUCUUACCCAAUUCCACGGCCAAGGAGUCCCAGGAAGACUGGAGGUGACUGGGACCCUGACCCUAAGGCAGGAGGGGAAGAGAGAUGGAGGGAAGGGGGCAGUGGGCUGCAUCCACAGGAAACCAAGGCUCCCCUGUGACUGCAACAGCUCUUCCAGCCAAGCCCAUAAAGCUCCUUUCCCUACUUCCUUGGCGUGUGAUUGUGUUGAUUGAAGGGCUUUCAGUUCCUUGCCAUUGCACACAUUUCUCUCUCCUCUGCACAAGCACUCACAAGUACAGGCACAGUGAGUCAGGAAGGGGCUAUCCAUGUUCGUCCUACUCUUGUCCCCAGAGUUCUAUGGCCUACUGCUGUCUGGGCAGCUAAUGCUGCCACACAUUGACUAUUGCUGGCAUUUCAGAACCAACCACCAGCUCCCAAAUGUGGAGCUAUUUACUGGAAAUGGUUUAGGUCUGGGCUUCAAAGGCAAGAAAUCUCAGAGCAUGAGUUUGUAAGAGAGUAGAUGAGUACUGGGUCUUGGGUAAGGAACAAAGAUGGGCCACAGAAACGGGCAGGUUUUAUCAUUAAGGCAUCAAUAGGCAGAAAGCCUCUUGGCCCAAAGCAAUGCUUUCUCUCUGAACUGAGCUUGUAUAACUUCCUUUAGGAGCUUUCUUGACGAAACCUGUAGACCUCUGACUGGCUGUGAAUUAAUGAAGUCGCACUCCCAUCCCAUUACAUUCAUCAUUUUUCCAGACCCUCAUGGGAGGAAGGAAAGAAUGGGGGCAGGUAUGGGUUGGUGCAUUCAGUAAAUCAACACCUUACUUGGCACAAUGCUAGGUGCAGGGGCCAUGUCCAGCUGGGGAAAGUUUGGCUUGCCUGGUGCAAGCUGAAAGGAGAGAGCAGCUGAAAGGAGAUGGGCAGAGCACCAUUGUCUGAGGAACUUGGGGGAUCAGGAUCGAGGAUGUGCAGGGCUGGCCUGGCAGAGAGAGAAGUCCAAGAUUCUGAGGUUGGACAGAUCUAGGUCCAUGGCAGCUUUGCUUUUGACUUGGCAUCCCCUUGGACACCUAACAUAGCUUUGGUCCCCUCAUCCAUGAAGUGGGAAUAAUGCCAUACCUAACUAAUUCCAAGGGUUCUGUGCCUCUAAAACAGGCAGCACAUGGAGAAAGUACUCAGCAGAAGCCAGCUCUCUUCUAGAAUCGUAACUUGGUUCAUUUCAAAGCCAAAAUACUACUUCGAAAUACUACUACUACUACACACUAGAUAUUUUGAUAGAAAAUGACAGCAGUCAAGUCAAUCCUCACAAUAGCUGAUAACCUUCUCUGACCUCACUAUGUACCACAUUCUCAUAUCUUCACGUGCGUAAAAGAAAAGAAUCAAGAGUGAUACCUUGAGGGAGACUUUGUUUUCCCACAAGACUUUCCUAUGUUGGUGGAAAGUUUGCUGAGUGGAUGGCGAGAAGCACUGAGAGGCAUCCAUCAGUGACGUGGGAUUAACUUCCUUCCUCCUCACACUGUCAGCCACAGCAGAUGGCACACUUCACUUCUUCACUCCUUGCUGCUUACUUCCUCUGUGAUGCUUAGCUAUGACAACCCUAUCAUAGUUCUAAAACCUUGGGAGAUCUAGGUUCAACAUUUUCACUUUAGUU